CCGGUCCAGAUUUUGCUGAAGGGUUCUGAUAGGGUUUUUAGCAGGUUCACGCUCAUCUCUGCACAGUGGAAUCUCUCUCCCGGUUCAAUCAGUUUGAUCUUCCCUCUCUGCUGGGAAACACUUCCCUCCUCGUAUUCCAUCGGUGCCCUAAAGAAAGAUGAGUGUUGUCUACAGUUGGAUCUGAUAUUCUUUUCAAACCCCUCCUGUUUUUUCGCCCCCAUUUGACCAAUCAAAAUCCAAUUUUUUUCAUUGCAUUGACGAAGGGUUUAAGGAGAAUAGAAUAGCCAUGAAUUUGAGAUUCUUCUUUAGCAGGCGCACAUUUGCUCAUAUAUCGAAGCUGAACCCUAGGGUUUUGCCUCCACAUUCUUCUGGCUAUCGAUGUAUUGCAACCCCGCCUUUAUUCCAGCUGCCGCUAGCUAAUGGUGCUUCAUCUCUUGCCGACCGCCGUAAAAGCACGAAGUUCGAUAACUCUGUUGUGAGAUAUAUUCACACUUCACAGGAAGUUGAUUUAGACGGCUCACCGAGUAAUUUGGAGCACGAAUCGGAAUCGGAAAAUGACGCUACGAUGAGCGAAUUCUUGUCGAGGUUUUCUUGGAUAAUGCGGAAAAAGCUCUCCGAAUGCUACCCCGAGUGUGACAAGAGUACGAUCGAUGGCAUGCUCGUGAUUAUUGUUGGAGCGGUAGUGUCGGAGAUGGAAAAGGGCGGCCUCGAGCAAAUGACGGGGCCCGCCGCAUCGAAGAUGCCGUCGCAGGAUUUCAGCGAGGAUUUGUGGAGAACUGUGUGGGAAGUGAGCAACGUAGUUCUGCAAGACAUGGAGAAGGAAAAGAAGAAGGAGAAAAUGAAAGGCUUUCUUCAAUCCGAAGAAGUGAAAGAGAUGUACAGAUUCGCCGGUCAAGUGGGCAUUCGCGGAGAUAUGCUGAGGGAGCUUCGGUUCAAGUGGGCCCGCGAAAAGAUGGAGGAGAGCGAGUUUUACGAGAGUUUGGAAUCUUUCCAGAAGGGGGAAUCACAAGAGGAAUCUCGAGAAGAAAUUGUUGGUGGUGGCGAAGGUGAAGAAAGAGUUACCUCUCUUCCGAAAAGACAUGGCAAGAUUAAGUACAAGAUUUACGGGCUUGAUUUGUCUGAUCCGAAAUGGGCUGAGGUGGCGGAUAAGAUUCACGGGAACAGUGAAGUGAUGUCGCCUAAAGAACCGAAGCCCGUUUCUGGGAAGUGCAAAGUUGUUGCUGAAAAGAUCAUGUCUUUAAAAGAAGGGGAUGACCCUGCUCCACUUUUGGGCGAAUGGGUCGAGCUUCUUCAGCCUAGUAGGAUCGACUGGAUUGCUUUACUUGAUAGGUUGAAAGAAGAGAAUUCUCAUCGAUAUUUCGAGAUUGCAGAACUCGUACUCGGUGAAGAAUCAUUCCAAGCAAACACGCGCGACUACUCGAAACUAAUCGACGCCCUCGUCAAACAAAACCGCCUGGAAGAUUCCGAAAGAAUCCUAAACAAGAUGAACCAAAACGGAAUAUUACCCGAUGUAAUCACCUACUCAAUCGAGGUUCACAUGUACUGCAAAUCAGGCAAUCCGGACAAAGCCCAAGCAGCCUUGGAAAACCUGCGGGCCCAGGGGCUCCAACCAGACAUAAAGGUCUACAACUCCAUGAUCAUGGCCUACGUCAAAGCCGGUAAACCAACACUCGGCGAAACUCUAAUGAGAGAAAUGGAGACGCGCGACUUAAAACCCACAAAGGAGAUAUACAUGGCCUUAUUAAGUGCCUUUGCAAAGGCCGGCAAAACGGCGGAUGCAGACAGAAUCUCCUCCACGAUGCAGUUCGCGGGUUUCGAGCCGAGCUUGGAAUCUUGCACUUUAAUGGUGGAGGCGUACGGGCGAGCUGGCGACGUUGACCGGGCGAGGGGCAAUUUCGACCAGAUGAUAAAAAUCGGUCACAAGCCGGACGACAGGUGUACGGCUAGUAUGCUUUCAGCCUACGAGAAGAGGAAUUCUUUGGACGAGGGUUUGAAUCUUUUGCUUGAGCUCGAGAAAGACGGAUUUACCCCUGGGGUGGCGACUUACACAGUGCUCGUUGAUUGGCUGAGUAAGUUGGAGCUGUUUGACGAGGCGGAGCAGGUUUUGGAGAAGAUUGGAGAAACAGGGGAGGCGCCGCCUUUUGAGCUGCAGAUAAGUCUUUGUGAUAUGUAUGUGAAGGCUGGGGCGGAGAAGAAGGCUUUGCAGGCUUUGGGAGUUAUUGAAUCGAAGAUUGAGAAAUUGGAGAGCGACGAUUUUGAGAGGAUUAUACGUUCGCUUAGGAGCGGUGGGUUCUUGCAAGAUGCGAGGCGAUUGUAUGGUAUGAUGGAGGCUAGGGGGUUUAUGCCUUCGGGGAGUUUAAAGAUUGAUAUGAUGGCUUCUCAGGUUGUGAAGAGUGGUAAGAAAAGUAAUUUUUCGAUGCUUAGAGGAAAAUGAUUGAUUCGGUUGUUGUUUUCGUGACUCCUUUUUAUUGAGUUUUCGGUCCUUUUUUUUUCUUUGAUGACGAUGGAUUUGGUUACUUUUGGGUUUUAGAAUUCGUCCGACAAGUGAGAUGCUGAAACGUGAUAGGUUUAGGCUUCGAGUUUUGCAAUAAGAACACUAUGGUGCAAACACUAUAAUAUCUGCGGUUAUUAAAGCUUUUAUUUGCCAUUGUGUUGUAAUAGCUCGUGUUAUUUUGUGUUCGCUUCAAUCUGUUUUUGUUGGAGUAUUAUGUAAGGUAUUCGAUUUUGGCGACGAUGUGAGAAAUUUUAAUCAGCAUUAGGGUUGGUUUUAUUC